UAAUCAGCGCAUCCAUGAAUCGGACAUACAAAGGCAAACCACCCGCCUAUCCCCACUUAUCUCAAGAGAUGUGGGAUGAAAUCACCACAUGCCUUCUUCCAUGUUCGGCCUCAAGUGCUGCUACUGUGUCAUCCUGACAUGGCUUGCAGCCAAUAAUAAUCCACCCAGUCACACCUCAUGGAACCUCAUGGAACCUCAUGGAACCUCAUGGAACCUCAUGGAACCUCAUGGAACCUCAUGGAAUCCCAUGGAACCUCAUGGAACCUCAUGGAACCUCAUGGAAUCCCAUGGAACCUUAUGGAACCUCAUGGAACCUCAUGGAACCUCAUGGAACAUCAUAGAAUCCCAUGGAACAACACAGAAUCUUCUGGUUGCUGACAAAUGAUUACAAAUGAUUACAAAUGCCAAUGUAUAUAGAACAUUCCAGGAGCCA